AUGUGGUCAAGAGACGUACUUGGGUUCUGCAAGAUGGGAGAAGAACUCAAUCUACAAGGAAGGCGCCUGGAAGAUUCCAAUGAUCAAUCACAAAGAACGUCGCUUUUCAUCACUUCGAGGAAAUGGAGUCGGGAUUUGCCAUCGCGAAAUAGAGUCAACCGGCUGUUGGACCUAAGUCUUCCAUCUAUGCUUUGCCAGGAGAGGAGGCAAAGAGCAGGCAAAAGUGGGCAUUCCACCGGCAGUGGUCCUUCGGAAGGGCAAAGGCCAAGGAAGGUUACCCAAGGGAAAGAUCUUGGAAGAUUACAAAUGAUCAAGAACAAGACAAGCAACCCCGUGAUCGAUGAUGGGAGCGAAUAUUCUAUUGUAUUCCACUUCCACCGGUCUGAAUCAAGGGUUGGGAAUGGGAAAGCAGGAUUGCGUUGCGAGCUAGAUGCCAGAUGGGAGUUGAUGUUGCUAGUCCAAAUAAAGGAGCUCGUUUUGGGAAUGAACCUCGGGUCGUCGACAAGCCUGGCAAGAGGGAAAGCGGGAAAUAGGAAGAAUGGGAAAGGAUGUUUACCAGCAAGUAAAGAGGUCAAGCGAUCGGGUAUUACCCAGCUAAGCGCUCUGAGGAGGUACCGAGGGUCGGAAACCGGAAAUGGCAAGGCAAAGGAUUUUCGACCAGCUCGGAAUGCUCUUUUAGCGAGAUACCAAGGGUCUAGAAAUUCUAGCCCUUACUUUCGGCUCCUAUCCAGGAUGAAGGGGUCCGUCUCCGAGAUCGGGUUGUUUGCGAGUUGGAAUGGAUUGGGUUCGGGAUUCCUUCUAUGGUUUGGAAAUGAAAGAUGGAAAAGCUGGGGGAGCCGGUCUUACCCGUCCGCCCAGGAGUUUGGAAAUCGAUCGAACGAGUUCACAUACUUGGUUCAAAGGCUAGUAGGAAUAGGAAUUAGCGGUCCUGGGAUCAAGAUGCGGGCAAGAAAGCCAGGAUUGAGGGAAAGGCGAUCUGAAAUUGAUCCUAGGUCGGAAACAAGACAAGCCGCAAAGCGCAAAGAAAAAAUAAGAUACCUGGGGUCGGUCACCGGAUAG